AUGUCAAUAAAUAAUACGGAGUUAUCAACAACAUCAUUUUUUCAAUCAGAUGUUUGGCUAUUUACUAUUUAUAUUGUUGGUACAUUUGAAUUCAUUUUUUGGUUAUGUAAUGGUUUUUUAAUUAUCAUUGAAUUGUAUGAUUUUCCUUCUAUUGAUAAAUAUCGAAUUCAAAAACACAAGAAAAAAUUACGCUUUCAACCUGAUGUGACACAAUUAAUGAUAAAACAAACGAUUCGUCAUCAAAUAUCAACUGUUUUUCUUGCACCCGUACUUUAUUAUCUUUUGAAUUAUUUUGGUCAUCUUGAGAUGCAAGGACCUCGACCAGCAUGGUCAACCAUCGUAUAUCAGCUUGUCCUAUUUAUUCUUUCGGAAGAUGCUAUUUUCUUUUGGACACAUUAUCUAUUUCAUAUUCCAUGGCUAUAUAAAACUAUACACAAAAAACAUCACAUUUUUAAACAGCCAACAGGAGUAGUUUCUGUUUUAAGUGAUCCUAUAGAAGGUUUACAAAAUCAACUAGCUGUUUGGUUUAUGCCUGUUUUGCUAAAGGAAAAGCAUAUAUUUACUGUAUGUAUUUGGAUUGUUAUACGAGUCUAUCAAACAGUAAAUGCACAUUCAGGUUAUAAUUUACCCUAUGUUAGUACACAAUAUUGGGUACCAUGGAUAAUGUCUGGUACUUUAGCACAUGAUUUUCAUCAUCAACACGGCAAAUGGAAUUAUGGAUCAUUCUUUAACAUUUGGGAUCGAAUAAUGGAUACACAUCGAUUGUCGAUUGCUACUACUACUGAGAAAGAAGUUGAUUAA